AUGUUUUACGCCCAAUUCGUGCUCUCCAAAAAGGGCCCGUUGGCGAAGAUCUGGCUAGCAGCACACUGGGAAAAGAAGCUCAACAGGAAUCAGAUUGCCGAGACGAAUGUUGAGGAAGCUGUCAAUGAGAUUCUGAAGCCAAAGGUCAAAAUCGCGCUCCGAACUACCGGUCACCUGCUACUCGGCAUCGUCCGCAUCUAUUCGAGGAAGACGAAAUACCUGCUGGCCGAUUGCAAUGAGGCGCUUCUCCGGAUCAAGAUGGCAUUCCGCGCGGAUCCCGGCGGUUUGACGAUCGAAUACGAGGCCGAGGCACCGAUUGACUCUAUUCUACCGAUGAUCACCCUUCCCGAACACUACAAUUCCCUCGAGAAAGAUCUGGUUGAGGCCGAAGAAUUCGAGAAGCAGAACGACUUUGAUGAUGAUCAGGGGCGUUUCGAGGUGAUCACGAUGAACGACGAAUAUCAAGAACGAUCUGCAUUCGGCGCCGAUUUUGGAAUGAUGGACGAUUUCGGCGAGUCGAAUCUUCCUGGAGGCAUCGAAGACGAACUGUCUGCAAUCGGCAUCUCCACAUCCAGGGCCAGCUCAGUGAUGGAGCAGUUACGAAAUCCGCUUCAGGCUAACGGAUCACGGAGUGCCAUCGAACCGAUCGCUCUCGACGAAGCCGUCAAGCCGUUUGGGGCCGACAUCUUUGGCCAUUCGGAUCUGCUCGGUUUUUCGGGAGAUGAUGGCAUGGGCGAGCCGCUGCCCCCUGGAUUUGAACAAGGAGAUCUUCUCGGGCACGAUACCUUCAACAACAUCAGCCUUUUCCCUACGGAAGAUGUCCCCAUGGAAGGUGUCGAAGAGCAACAACCAGCCGACGAUGCUGAUCUCACAUCGCAGUCGUCCUUCGAACUGGGCCCCGUGUCGCAGAGCGCUCUGCCGCAGAAGGCGCCAGCUCGCAAGCGCAAGCGUCGUCUCAUUAUCGAUCAAGAAUUGGCCCUUAGUGCCGAAGUAAUGAAGGAAAAUAUGGAUGACUAUGAAGAUAUUCUACAGCCUCUCGACAUGGCCCCGCCUACUCGCCGCUUGAUGCGCUUGCGUGAAAGCGGAAAUGUUGCCCGUUUGCUGCGUGUCCCUGGCUCUGAUAUGGCAUCGAAGACUUUAAUCCAUGGGUACCAGGAUUUCCUCACCGUCCGCAUUCGCGACGACGUGUCGAUCGAGUCUGAGCAUGCGGAUUUGCGUCUCGAGCUCGAGCUGGCACGUGCCGAGGAUAUCGACUUGCGAUCGGGGCGAAGCAGCGUGAUGAGGAAUUCGGUUCUCGACGACAAGCCCUUGGACCCAAUUCCUGAAACAGAGAACUGGGUGAACGACUCGAUGGGCCUGCAGCCGUUCGACGAAAACUCCUUGGGCUUACUUGAACCGAGCGCCGACCCGAAUUUUGGCCCCGGAGCAGCCGAUCGGACACCAUUUGGGGAGCUGUACCCUGAUAACCUUGCCGAUGAGCCUGAGCCGAAGCGGAUGCGCGAAGCCAACGCCGAGCCUGAUCUUGAUGAGGUUAUCGAGAAUAAGGAGAAUAUGACGCCCGAACAAAUCGAACGCGUCGCGAGUAAUACGUCAUCCCUCCUCAACGACGUGGUCAGCAAGUUGAAGGUUUCCAGCUCGUGCACCUUCACCGAUAUUGUGCCCACCACGACAAAGGCCAAGCUAGCUGCUCAGAGUUUUUACUCGCUGCUCGUGCUCAAAAAAUGGGAUGCCGUCGAGGUCGAACAGGCCGUUCCCUUCGAUACGAUCCAGAUCACGGAAGGGCCGAAGCUCAGCCAAUGUAUCUCUGCAAAAAUCUUC